AAUUUGGUCACUUUACUUGUCAUGAGCAAAGCUCUCGAACCAAGCUACUCAAUUAUCACACAACGGCAAUUUAUGUCUGUCCGAAUGAGCCAAUGAUAUAAAAUAUUUUCUAAAUCCUCACAUUAAUGUCAUUUCGAGAUAAUCCAGAGAGAGCCAAUCCAUCUACCGAGACGCCUCAAAGACCUCACACACGCCACUUGAAGUUUCGGAAAUUCUCUUCGAAAGAAAUGGAGCAGCCAGAAUCAGAGGGUCAGCCUCCAAAUUCGGAUCAGAUCUGGUCAAGAUCCGGCGGCAAGCGUACUUGCACACUUUACAGACUUCCCACUGAAAUUCGACAUAUCGCUUAUGAGUAUAUUGAAACUAGUGAUGAGUACCUCGGGAAACAUCCUCAUUUUCUUGCAGCAUUACGACCUGAUAAAUUUCUAUACUUGGAGUUUUUAACAUUUUUCCAAAAGAAAACUACAUAUGUUCUGGACGAGUACAAAUGCGGGAGUUUAGAUCUCUUUUGCUCCAUGAGAGACACAGUACUUGCUAGUAUUCUAAAGUUGAAAGUAGUAUAUUUGCAGUACCACGAAGCGGACGAAAGGCUGGACAAAUCCCAACCCCACAAAGCUCUUCUGGGAUGGAAAUUCGACAAAGACUCCUUGUCCAAAGCAAUCAAUGUUGUAGAGCUCACUUUUGACCUUUCUUUCAUGUACAGAAAUCUGUUCGGGGCGUCUUUCGUUUCGCACAUUCCGGACUUCCCUCAGCUGACACGGUUCAAUUUGGUAAUAAGUGAGCAUGGGCGGAGCGGACAAGAAGCCAGGCUGCUUGAUUUACAAGAGGUAACGGAUCUGGAUCAGCUUUUGGAUGGCGUGUCAGAUCAUUUUCAUACCAUCAUGCCGAAGAUAUCGAGGGUAUCUGUCACCACCUUUGAGGACGAACCAAGAAAUGAAUUUGUGCGAGUAUUUGACAGUUUACCAAGCGACAUAAGAGACUGCCUGACAUGGCUGUGGCAUAGAGAUGGUUGGGGGUGCGAUUUUCAGAUGCAGAAGGUGCUGGCACAUUCCAGAUUGAAGAAAUUGCCAAUGGGAGGAGGAUGCUCAGAUGUCACUUGUCUGGGUGUUUCAGAGACGUGGUUUUGGGUAGCAGCUAAAGGGAGGACUUUAGUUGGGAAAUGAAUCUUUAAGGAUAGUAAGUCUAUGACAGGUCCAUUCGUUUGACCGUAACAAGUCGAGCCAGUGACGUGAAGGAAU